AUGGAGGAUACCAAAAAGAAUGCGUACACGAUCCUCGAGCUGCAGCCCGGUCCCGACGUGGACGACACCAUCAUUAAAAAGGCUUAUCGUAGGCUUGCAAUACUUAAGCACCCUGAUAAAAACCGUGAUAACCCAAAUGCUGCUGAGGAGUUCGCGGAGCUGGAGCAGGCGUAUCGGCUGCUCCUCGACAAGGACGCAAGGGGUGCAUUGGAUGACCUGCUCAGGGCUCAGGCUCAGCGGGCGGCACGAGAGUCCCAGGUCAGCGACAAGCGGCGGAAGCUGAAGGAGGAGCUGGAGCGGCGGGAACGGCAG